AUGCUGCUAGUCCCAACCGAACUCAAAUCGGUGAAAAAGUCACUCAUUGAGACCAAACCACCUAUUGAAAAUGAUGUCCAACAAAGUUUACGCUAUUUGCUUUCCCAUUUAAACCUGAAGGAAGAAAACGACAAGGAUAGAGUUCUUUUCAACGAUGCAUUAUCCAUUUGCUUAUUAAGGUAUGACCAAUUUAACAACACCCUCGAAAGCUCGAACACCCUUUUUGAUUACAUCCUCACCCAUGUAAAUAGAAACUAUGCACCAUUGCAGAACUCGUUGAACUCGGUUCUUGAAAAGUUGGUAAUGUUCCAAAAUGCCGACAUUCCAUUGUGGAUCGACAUGCUAAUGCAGCAGCCACUAACAAAAAACCUUUUUGUAUUAUUGGAAAAACUACUCAGAAAACUCCCCGACAGACUGUUUUUCAUUCUAAAGUAUCCCGACUACCCCAUGCAAGCAAUGAGUAUGUUCACCGACAACGUCGCCAAUGCCAUCAGCAAAACCCUUAUUGCCAUAUACGAAAAUUGUGAGAACACAGAGUCAUGGUACAAGUCCUGGAGCAGCAUAAUUGAUUUGCAGAAUGAUAAUGUCAGAACCAAUGUUAUUACUCAUUUAUUACCGGGAUUAUUACGUGUCAACCCACAAGCUUUCCCCUUUUUGCUAGCAGAUUGCAAGACCAACUUGAAAGCACUAGUCAGUAUUUUGAGUAUGGGCCAAAAACUAAAACUCAUCAAGUCCUUAGAAGUUAUCGAUCAAAAAUCAUUAUUGGAAUGUCUCGUACAUGCAGAUAGCGCCAUUCGUAUGGACGCUCUACAAGUUCUCAUUGGCGAUAAAAAAGAACCUCUUACAAAAUACAUUUUCCAAACCAUCGAGUCAAACCACUUGAUGGAAAUCAAUUUGAACGAAGCAAACCACCAAGACAAGUUCAUUAGUGCUAUGCACCAGUUUAUAUCUGGAAAACUCAGCGACUGCUUGAAUGGGAAGUUUGGCGAAACAGUGCAAACCGAAACCAGACAGUACUUUACCAGAUUCAAAACAUUGUUAGUCAGCCAUUUGGAGACACAAAACAACUUUCAACAAAAAAUGGGAGCCAUCACAAUCCUCAGUCAAAUUCAUUCAAAACUCGAAAACAUUUUCAACCCCAAUGUCGUCAAAUUGUUGAUUGAGAACCUUUUUUCAAAUUAUAAACUAGUACGGGAGUCGAGUCUAGACUUGCUCUUACAAUGCAACAAUGUUUCAGAGUACUUUAGCAACCACAAAGCUUUGGCUAGUAAAGCGUUUGCUAUUUUGCCAAGAUUGGCUGGAAGAGAAAGCGAAGGUGCGGCGUUGGCCAUAACAUUCUUAGCACACCAUGCCCAGGACUUGGACUCUUUAAUGGAAAGACUAUACAGCGGUCUUGGUAAAGAAUCGGGUGAGCAUGGCUAUCUCCAGGCUCUUGCUACCAUCAACAACAAAUUGGGGAUAUGUGGAGACUAUCGUCUUCAACUUGAAGCAGCCAAGCAAGCUACUAAACGAAUGACCGACAUUCUAUCAACCGAACGAAUUGCUUAUUCCAAUGAACAAGAGUUUGUCACAUCAAAAGAAGUUGUAAACUAUUCGUGGAAAGUGUUACAGAAUGCCAAUGACCUAUUUCUUCUGUUGCUAAAACAAAGACGCGAGGCUGACGAUGUCGUCGAGUGUUUCUCCCUUGUGGUCGAGCAGCUACACAAUAUCAAGUUUAGAGCCGCUAUUUCCUCACUGUAUCCGACCAUGAUUGCCAUAGCACGAUUGCUCGAUGGAAAGGUGACGGAAUACAUAAAACAGGAAAUCCAAUAUAUCCCCACAGAGAGCAAGCAGUUGGUUACUAGAAGGUCUGGCGGACUAUUAUACGUUAUCCCAGCUUUGCUAAUCGCUUCAGAAAGAAAUAAAGAGGUCGUUGAUUACGUAUUUGAUAGUUUAUUUCAAAUUGCCAGCUUGCCAUACGAGUCAGAGUCCAAACAAGAUUUACCACAAGUCCAUGCGUUCAACACUUUGGGCCAACUAUUCAAAGAAAGCCAAUUGACAAGCGACAGCUCACCAUUUACCGAAAGAGCCCUCUUACUUUCCUUAAAGCACUUUAACGCAACCAACUGGUCGGUCAGAAACUGCGCAUUGAUGUUGUUUGGUCAUUUGGAAAAGAAAAUAUUUUCUGGUGCAAAAGUCAACUCAAAGAGGUUUUUUGCCCGUUUCAAAAACAUCGAGGACGUGUUUAUUGAUUAUUUACUGUGUGGACAAGACCAGGUCGUGUUUCCUAUACUAAUCAUGUUGGAGAAAUUGGAAUUUGCCAACACCUCCUCAAAGUUGAAGAAGGCAGUGACAAAUUUGUUGUCGAGAGCUUCCUGGAAAGUACGUGAAUUGAGUGCCAAAAUCACUGCUGCCAUGCUAGAAGCCGACGAAUUUAGAGAGUUUGUCACCACAUCCCUAAACACCAACACAAGCAUGAAUGCUUUGCAUGGGGUAGUACUUGUAUUGAAACAUCGACCCAUCACCAUCCACAUGGAUUUGGCGUUUGGAAACUUUUUCGUUGCCAAAGAGUAUAUUGAGGUUCUAGACAAAACUGGCAACAAAGAUACAUCUAAGCUUGGACCAUACUUUUGUCAGCUUAUCAAAACCAGGGAUUGUUUCGAUGGUGGGAAACAACUAUUCCUUGAAACACUAGCGACUUACUUAAUAAAGCAUGACGAACCAAAUAGGGAACAUUAUAUCAAGUUAUCUCUCAGAUCAGACUACAACAACGUCCACAACAAGGUCUUAGACUGCAUCCAGCACCAUAAAAUAAACUGUCCGGCAUUAGUGAGAGAGUUUAUCGUGUCCACAAACUUCCAAUACACCAAGGUGAAAGCAUUAAAGUUAUACACGUCAAUGGAAGAUAUUUUACCAAUCCCACUUGACUCCACACAGGCAUCGUUUGUGUGUUUUUCCAGAUUUGUCGACAGCAGCAACAAGAGCUUUUACGAGAAAUGUGUUGUAGCAACACAUCCAAGCAAUGAAAUUGAUAUCAGACUCAUGGGAUAUAAUGCAGUGUUUACAUAUUUGGAAACGUGUCUCGACAAAACAGGGUUCCUAUAUUCUAGCUGUUUGCUUUUAUGCUUUGAACGAGGGCUUUUUGAUGACGACGAAGAUAUUAGAAACAAAGCCAACAGUUAUUUGGCAAAGGUGAUAAACUGUGGCCAUGUGGCAACAACAUAUUUGACAUACCAAUUCCCUAUUCUAGCAAAGUCCAUUUUGAAUGAAAAGUAUUACAAUGAGCUUGUAGCCGGGAUGAUUGAAAGAAACACACUCGACACAAACUUGGAUCACGAAUUGGAAGACUCCCAAAAAGAAAACCUUUACUCCUUUGAAAGAAACAACUUUUAUAAAAAUGAAAUUGACUAUACACGAUGUCUUGCAAUGUUCCCGAUAGAUAAGCAAAAACUUUGCCAUGUCAAAAUAAAAGUAUUACACGACAUAGAGUACUUGAAAUCGUUUAGAGAGCGGCAAUCCGACAAGGUCGAGAAUGUCCCUCGCGACUACAUCCUUUAUGACUGUUUUGCAAAGACACAAAUCAAUGCACAGAUAGUUGGAAUUACUGAUUUGGAUACACAGUUGUUUACAAUCGGGUUUUGCAAAAUGGGAUAA